AAAUUUCAUUCAAAUAAUUGCACUUUUCCCUAUCCCUUUUAGAUUUCUCUUCAAUUGCCUUUCUAUACAUAAUAAAGAACAAACUUAAACAUAUUUCACUAAACUUUCCUCUUCCAACUAUUGUUCAAUUCCUAUAUUUUCAAACAUCCAAAUACAAAAAAAAUAAUAUUUUGAAAAGUAUAUGCAUCAAUUAUGAGUUCUGAGAAAAAAUUAGCAAACGCGGUGGGCGCGAAAACGGCUAGGGCUUGUGACAAUUGCAUAAGGAAAAGGGCAAGAUGGUAUUGUGCAGCCGAUGAUGCUUUCUUGUGUCAAUCUUGUGAUUCAUCCGUCCAUUCGGCCAAUCCUUUGGCUCGUAGACAUGAAAGGGUUCGUCUUAAAACAUCAUCUUUCAAAUCGUUAGAUGAAUUUCCCAAUUUGGAAAGUACAGUCUUAGGGUCAGGGUCAGGGUCAGGGUCAGAGUCAGUUCCAUCAUGGCACCGUGGAUUUACUAGAAAAGCACGAACACCUAGGCAUGGUAAUAAACAUGCAAAAAGAGUUAAAUCCACGGAGGAGGAGGAGGAUGAGGAGGAAAUGAAAAACCCUAUUCAACUCGUUGUCCCAGAGAUAUUAAGUGAUGAAAAUUCACACGAUGAGAAUGAAGAAGAGCAACUUUUAUAUCGCGUACCUAUUUUUGACCCCUUUGUGGAGGAUGGCUCUAAUUAUGGUAACAAAUAUUCUUCUAAUAAAGUUGAUUUUAAUCAAGACAUGAAUACGUUUCAAGGUCUGAUAGCUCCAUCAGAGAUGGAGCUAGCAGACUUUGCCGCGGAUGUGGAAUGUUUGUUAGGGAAAGGACUUGAUGAUGAAGAGUCAUUUAAUUAUAUGGAAGGUUUAGGUUUUUUGGAAAAACAUGAUGAGAAAUUAGUGAAGGUUGAAGAUGAAGGAGAAAUGGGAUUUGUGAAUAUGGUUAGUACUAAUAAUCAUGAUAUUAAUCAAGUUGAUUAUUCGGAUUUUGAUAUGGUUGGUGACACGUUUGAGCUCAAGUUUGAUUAUGAUUCACAAGUUAUUAGUAACUUAGAUGAAGAUAAAAAGGUUGAAUUUGGGGAGAUAAAUUAUGAUAGUGGGAAAAAUAAUAAUAAGAUUAUGUUAAAUCUUGAUUAUGAAUGUGUUUUAAAAUCUUGGGCUGACAAAAGGUCUCCGUGGACUACGGGCGAGCGGCCCGAAGUAGAUUCCAAUGACUGUUGGCCAGUGUGCAUGGGAAAUUGUGGAAAAAUUCACUCAUAUGGAGACAUAGGAAUAAUGAACAGACAUGGAGGAGGAGGAGUGGAUGAAGGAAGAGAAGCAAGAGUAUUAAGGUACAAAGAAAAGCGACGAACAAGGUUGUUUUCCAAGAAAAUAAGGUACGAGGUUAGGAAAUUGAACGCUGAAAAAAGGCCUCGAAUGAAAGGAAGAUUCGUCAAGAGGACCAAUUUUGCACCAACCCCUUUUCCUUCGCUUAAUAAAUAAGUGAAGUUUUAAGCAAAG